AUGGGUCAAGCGGCUGCUGAACCACCCGGGUACUCUGCGCAGUCGCAACCGACUCGUGAUCUGGUCGAGCACGAGUACCAGCUUGAAGACACCAAGGGGAGGGCGUGGUUGCGGCUGAAAGUGAAGAGUCAUUCGACAUCAAGUAAGCAGCAACCCCUUUUCUUCUACAAGGACACCAUCUCCGGGACGGUGGAGCUCGAUGCCGGCAAGGCCGACGGCGCCAAAGCCGUUCUUGUCUCUUUGGUCGCAGGUCUGACCGUGGUAGGACAAGAGGAGAUCAGGUUCUUGGAGAUCGUACAUGAGCUGUGGAACGCCAAGACUGCUUCGUCGAAACCAACGGCAAAGCAGCAAUUCCCGUUCUCCAUCACUCUUCCGACCGAAACCGAUGUCCCCGAGAAAGGGAAAGGAAAGCAGCCGACGCAGAUUUAUCCUCUCCCACCUAGCUUCUCGGAGCGUGCAAGCCCUGCAUACAUGGACUACCGACUCCAUGUGACAGUCAAGCGCGGAGCGUUAAGAGUCAAUCAGACGCUUGGGACAAGCUUCGUCUAUGUACCGCUGACUCGCGCAGGCGCACCUUCGCCUCUGCGCCAGCUUGCAUACAGCGAAGGAACUCCCGUGAUCGGCCCAGAAGCCGAUCCCGAGGGGUGGAAAGUGUUCCCUUCAGUAACACUCACCGGAACUAUAUUUGACACCCGCAAAGUCGAGCUGGAAUGCACCUUUUCAUAUGCGCUUGGGACUCCUAUCCCGCUUUCCCUGACACUGCGGGGGACGGACGAGCAAGCACUUGAUCUACUCGCGUCGCCUGCAGCGAUCCGGGUGCAGCUCACCCGGCUCCUUCUCGUUGGCUCGCACGCUACACAGGACGAGGUUGAAAGCGGCCGAAGCAACAACUCCUUUUCGGAACGUAUGGGCGGCGCAUACUUCUGGCCUUCUACCGAGGGUGCACCGCAACCCGGAAUCCGUGUUUUGAACGGCGAAUUGGAGGUCAAGAAGUCGUUAACGCUGGGAUUUGUCUUCCCGCGCUUCUCUAUAAGGUACAUGCUCGCGCUGCUCCCGCCCAAGGCGCCCGGGUUCGCGCCCGCGGCGGGGCAGGCGACGGGCGACGAGCCGCUCCUCGUGCAGCCGGUGGCGAUCGCGAGCGCGAACGCGCAGGGGACGCCCCCGCCGCGCUCGUCGUGCGCCGCGCCGCCGGGGUACGCCCACACCGGCGAGGGCGACUACAACACGACGAUCGGCUUCCUGGAGAACGGGAACCAGAGGUUCCUCAUGCACCACGGAUUCCAGUGA